UCUAGUGAGCAGCAGUAGCUCUAUUAGCAUGAAGUAUCACAGUCUUAACUGGAAGGAGUUUUGACUUUGAUUAAGAAAUAGCAGUAUGGCCAUGUCACGAGCAGUCACAACGUUGUGUGAGAAUUCAAAUGAAGUCUUCUUAGACGUCGCCAAGCUGUUACUUACAUAUGCGGACAACAUUUUACGGAAUCCCAAUGAGGAAAAAUAUAGGUCAAUCCGCAUUGGCAAUCCUACUUUCUCCACCAAGCUGCUGCCCAUCAAAGGAGCUGUGGAAUGUCUCUUCGAGAUGGGAUUUGAGGAGGCUGAAACGCACUUGGUGUUCCCCAAGUCUGCAUCAGUGGAACAGCUGAAGCUUAUCAGGGAAUCCAUCGCAGCAGAGAGGGAUCAGAGGCUGCAAGGAGGACAGCCUGUCCGACUCACCGCUCAGGCUGCUGCAGCCUCGGCUUCAGCACCAGAGAGCUCUGCUGCUGCUGCUUCCUUCCAGCCAGUUUCACCACCUCCACCACAGCCAUCGUCCUUGGAGAGCAGUAUGGGCUUCUUUGUGACUCUCCAGUCUAACUUCCAACAUGUGAUGCUGUAUGAAAACCCUGAGCUGCAGCAGAAAGCCCGUAACAUCAUCCCUCACCAGCAACUAUCCUCUGCUGCUCAGCACAAGCUGAGGGAGGCUAAAGAAGCCGACCCAGGAUGUAAACUUGGAAUAGAAGACUUCUUGGUGCUGGAGUUACUCAGGUGGUUCAAACAGGACUUCUUCUCCUGGGUGGACUGCUUGCCUUGCAGCCGCUGUGGAGGUUCCACCCAGAACGCCAGCGCCCUCAGUCCCAGCCCUGAUGACCUCCGUUGGGGAGCUCAACGAGUGGAGAACCAUUACUGUCAGAGCUGCAGUCUCUCCACCAGAUUCCCUAGGUACAACAAUCCCGAGAAGCUGCUAGAAACCAGGAGGGGGCGCUGUGGGGAGUGGGCUAACUGUUUCACCCUGUGCUGCAGAGCCCUUGGCCUUGAAGCCAGAUAUAUCUGGGACAGCACAGACCACGUGUGGACAGAGGUUUACUCGGUGGCUCAGCGUCGGUGGCUGCACUGUGACUCCUGUGAAAACGUCUGUGAUAAGCCUCUGCUGUAUGAGGUCGGCUGGGGGAAGAAACUGGCCUACGUUCUGGCUUUCUCUAAGGACCAGGUGGUGGACGUGACGUGGAGAUAUUCCUGCAAACAUCCAGAGGUUUUGUCAAGAAGGACACGCGUUCAAGAAGCCUGGCUGCUUCAUACCAUUAAUGGACUCAAUUCUUUGAGGCAGCAGCCCCUGAGUCCAGACAGGAAGAAGGAGCUGACGGAGAGGCUUCUUGUUGAGCUGGUGGAGUUUAUUUCCCCCAAGACACCAAAACCAGGAGAGCUGGGGGGACGCAACUCAGGUUCUUUGGCCUGGAGGUUAGCAAGGGGGGAGACCAGAGCAGCUGAUCCAGGAACCUCAACACAGGCUACAGGUUUUGUGUUUACUCCUACUGAGAAAGAAAAGUGCGACAGGCUACUGCACGUGUGCUACAACGCCACCAAAGACCAGUACUGCCGACUGUCAAACAACUCUGAGGUCAUUCAGAGCUGGGAUCAGUGUGUGUGGAGGAAGGAGUCAGUGUUCAGAAAGGUGGAGAGCGACUGGCAGACGGUGUACAUUGCUCGAACAGAAGGCUCCUCUGUGGGACGAAUCAGCUGGAAGUUUGAUUUUGCUCCAGUGGGAAUGAAGAUAAAAUCUGUCUCGAUCAUGGCCAGCAGCCAGACCUUCCACACGGGCAAAGUCUGCUGGCACUUGCGGUCAGGCCAGAUUACUACAGAAUUCUCUGGAGAUGGAGAGAUGCAGCCGUUUUCCAGUCUGUCCGGCUCGUCAGACUUCAUCGUUGUAGCAGAGCUCAGUGGCGGAGAAGGGGAAACAAUGUGGCAGCACUCUCAGCUGUUCAGGCAGAGCUUGAAGGAGACAGAGAAGCCUUCAUUUGAAAUCCUCAUCCAUCUGGAAGAUGCUUAACAGUUACUUUACUCAACAAAAUUGGACCCCAGAUACUUUUUCGCUCUUGGCUGUUCUGUCUGAAUGAUAGCUGGGGCUAUAAAAUCUAUGUAUGUCAGUGUAAUAUGUAAAUAUGUCAGUCCUCCAAGAUGAUUAAAUUUGUGUGAUCUAAAAAUAAGUGAAUGACAACCUCAGUUUUGUACCUUUCACAAAUUACAGAUUACACAUUUUAAACUUUGAUUGGACUAAAGGCCAAAUAACCUUUGAGAUGUAUGGUCUACGAUGUAUCUGUGAAGCGUUUUAACCAUAAAGCCAUCUAGUUUUUGUCACAUAUGUCUCCUCUGUGAACAUGUCUGUAAUUAGUGAUGCAUGGACACAGUCCACACAGCAAACCAGGGUUGAAACCCUCAUCAACUCAGGUUGCUCCAGUUCUCCUGCUAGCAUAAAUCUGUAAUUACUGGUGGAUGUGUUAUUUCAUACUUGGUUAUGGUAU